ACUCCUGAGGACUCAACAGUUCAGUAGUCCUACUUAAAACUUCAGGACUGGCCGCUCUGCUGCUUCAAAAACUGGAACAAUGAGUUGGGUAAAGCCAGGAUGGCUCCUUUGGGCGAGUUUUGUCGGAUUUAUGGCAUCGGUCCAGAGCGUAAGACGAUUAGAGUUUUUCGCCUUCGGUCCCAGCGCAGGAGAUCAGUCACUAGACUCAGGGAAUGACCAGACCCACCGCCUCUCACUCAGCAAGCCCGUGUUUUUUUAUGAUGGCACUUUCGACAGCAUUUUUGUCAACACCAACGGUUUUGUCGCCACGGCAGAACCAACAGGCGAGUCGACAUACCUUGGUAAAAUGCCUUCCAAGUUUGGCAUGAUCGCAGCUCUGCAGGGGGAUCUGGACACAAGCGAUGGCUUGGGGAGAGUUUUCUUCCGUCAGGACUCCAGUCCGGAUGUUCUGCGUCGGGCGGCUGAGCACAUCAACAGGGCCUUCCCAAACGACGAUGAGGUCAAUCCCACAGCUGCUGUGGUGAUCACCUGGGUGGACGUCGCCGCUCAUGAACCCCAAACCAGAGGAGAUGGCAUUGAGAAGAAGAGAAACACCUUCCAGCUGGUUCUUGCCUCCCUGGAGACUGCCUCAUAUGCGAUUCUCCUCUACGCCAGGGAUGGAGUUCAGUUUUUAUCCACACCAAUAGGAGACAGUGAUGUGAUCAUGCAUUCUGGCUUCAGCCAAGGUUUGGUCCAAGGAUUCCUGUUUUCCAGACAGGGACAAUAUUACCGCACCAGCACAGAUGAGGAGAGUUCUGUCAGGGCAUUGGCAGAGGAGACAAACUCUGGCAUGCGGGGUGUAUGGGUUUACGAGAUCGGAACGUCUCCCCGUUUUUCCAACGUAGCUCCUGGGGAAGUCACCGAUCUGCCGCCGGAGGCCCCGCUGCCGGUUUUAGAGCACGACGGACAGCAGAAAUACGCUCCCAUUGAUCCAGACGCUGAACAGAUUGAGGUCCUUGAAAUCCUUCCUCUGCCAUACCAACCACAUCAGCCACAGAACCCCGAAGUAGUUGUAGUCGAUGACCCAGAGAUAAAUGUAGAUGUGUUUUCGUACAACCUUGGGACAUGUGCCAACAACAGAAAUAAAUGCUCCCAGUUUGCAGACUGCAGAGAUUAUGCCAGUGGAUUCUGCUGUCACUGCAGACCCGGCUACUAUGGAAAUGGACUGCAGUGUGUGGCAGAGGGAAAGCCACAAAGGAUGAACGGUAAAGUCAAUGGGAGGGUGUUUGUGGGAAACUCUCAGUCUCCGGUGGAGUUCAGCAGCAAGGACCUCCACUCGUACGUGGUGGUGAACGACGGCCGAUCUUAUGUUGCCAUCAGCGACAUUCCUGAUGCUCUGGGGCCGUCGUUGAUGCCGUUGUCGGCCAUCAGUGGUGUGAUCGGCUGGGCGUUUGCUCUUGAGCAGCCUGGAUUUAAGAACGGCUUCAGCCUUAUUGGGGGAGAGUUCACCCGACAGGCUGAAGUGACCUUUCUACCUGGGAACGAGAAGCUAACCAUCAGGCAGGAGUUUAAAGGGACGGAUGAACAGGACCACCUGGUGGUGACCACCACCCUGAACGGCCAGAUCCCUGAGGUUCCUCCAGGCACUUCCAUCCAGUCUGAGCCUUACACAGAAAUCUACCAGUACAGCAGCAACCUGAUCACCUCAUCCUCCACUCAGAACUACAAGCUGGUUUUCCCCGAAGGAACCAGUGAAAACAGGAGGUUUCAGUGGCGUCAGACCAUUUCCUUCCAGGGCUGCCAGCACGGCGAGGUUUUGAGGGACAUGAAGCCUACGCAGCUGCUGAGCGUGGAUCAGGUGUUUGCUCUGUAUGAUGCUCCAAACCAGCUCCUCCGUUUGGCCAUGAGCAACAAGAUUGGAGAUGUCAAUGGGGGGGAACCAGAAGAGAACCCAUGUUUUACUGGGAGACACGGCUGUGACACCAAUGCCAUUUGCCGACCCAGUCAAGGAAAUGAGUUCACGUGCCAGUGUGCCUCAGGAUUUAAUGGUGAUGGGCGUACAUGUUAUGACAUCGAUGAGUGCAGAGAAAAUCCUCAGAUCUGUGGACCUAACUCAAUCUGCAACAAUCAGCCUGGGACUUUUCGCUGCGAGUGUGAUGAAGGGUAUCAGUUCGGUAUUGAUGGAAGGACAUGCAUCGAGGUUGAUCGACCAGUGAACCACUGUGAGGAAGGAACACAUAACUGUGACAUCUCUGAGCGAGCGCAGUGCAGCUACAAUGGAGGUUCCUCUUACAUCUGCACCUGCCUCCCAGGGUUCGCAGGAGACGGGAGAUCGUGCCGGGGUAGGAGAGAGGAGAGAGUGUUAGCUUUUUGGAAGUAGUUAAAUUACUGGGAA